GCCCUGAAGCGCCGCCGUCUCCCCAGUCCGUGGGCUUCUCCGCGUCGCUGCUGCAGCCUGAGGCGCAGAAGGGCUACUGGCACGACGGACUGGAGGACCAGUGGUCUGACAUGACGGACUAUGGAGGAGGCGUGCCGGAGCAGUGGACCAGCAGCGUCACCAGCGACGGCAGCUGGCCGUCCCCGCCCUCGGUGGCCAACGUGGCCGACUGGGGCGUGCCGAUGAUGUCUGAGCGCGAGCUGCGGCCGAGGGCGAAGCGCCGCUUCUGCACGUCGUACCCCGACGCGGGGGCGUGCCGGCGAGGGGCCGCCUGCACCUUUGCGCACUGCCGGGAGGAGAUCCCGAACCUCUUGCAAGUAGAGGAGGAGAACCAGGAGCCCGCAGCGCUGACCGACGCCUUCUUCAUGUACAAGUACAAGACUCGCUGGUGCCCGAAAGGCGUGCAGCACGAGUGGCACACGUGCGUCUACGCGCACAACUACCAGGACGCCCGCCGGCCGGUCUCCAUCGGUUACGGGGCCCGGCUCUGCCCGUACUGGAGCAAGAAGGACACUGGCGCCGAGUACGCCCAGAGGUGCCCCCUCGGCCUCCGCUGCCCCUACUCCCACGGCGCGAAGGACCCCCUCGCGCCGCUCCGUGCCUCGCGGGCGCGGUCGGGGUUCCCGUGGGAGAGGUAG